AUGACCCACAUCCGCAAGACUUUACUUGAGCAAAACAAUGCUACAGUGGCAUUCCUACGAUCAAACGACUUCAGGGCUCUCGAAUCCUCCAUACUUGCAUUGAGCUGCUACAAUCAAACAUUUCCUGACGAAGGGUUAACGGCAAAAGAUCAAAGCAGCGGAAGCAUGGAUGAGUACAUGCUUCUCUCUCCUAUUACUGACAGAGAGUCUUCCGGUGGAAGCGGUACUACUUUUAUCUACAACCACGCCAUCAUCAUUCGGACCACAACAGCAGCAGAGAUUGACCCAACGGUUCUGGCUUAUAUUCUCGUCUUCAAUGCCGCCCUAGCUCACCAUCAACUGGCCGAGCACAACAGCGUUUGCCAUUGCACUCGAAUGCAUCUAUUGACGAGGGCCAAGCAGUUGUACGAGCUGGCAUACGAGUCGUGUGAUUUGGAACACAAUCCAUUGUUUCAGUUCGCUCUCAUCAACAACAUCGCGGUGAUCGAGCGAGACAUUGGCAAUGUGUCUACUGCAGACGAUUGCUUCGAGUACCUGCUGACUAUUUUCAUUGUCUUCGUGGAUCAAGGAUGCGAGUUGCGACUACAGCGUGUUAGUGGAUUUGUGGUCAACGUCCCUUUGGCCAUUAAGAAUGCCCCUGCUGCGUAG